GGCGUUAUUAGAGAGAGUUGGUGAAGAUGGCGCCUGUUGUGACAGGGAAGUUUGGGGAGCUCCCUCAGCCAAAGCGUUUAACAAGAGAGGCGAUGCGCAAUUACUUGAAGGAGAGAGGAGAUCAGACAGUGCUCAUACUGCAUGCAAAGGUCGCACAGAAAUCGUAUGGCAAUGAAAAAAGAUUCUUCUGUCCUCCACCCUGUGUGUACCUGAUGGGUUGUGGCUGGAAGAAGAAGAAGGAGCAGAUGGAGAGAGAGGGCUGUUCGGAGCAAGAAUCUCAGCCUUGCGCCUUUAUCGGCAUUGGAAACAGUGAACAAGAAAUGCAGCAGCUCAACUUGGAGGGCAAGAAUUUUUGCACAGCAAAAACAUUAUACAUUUCCGACUCUGACAAACGGAAGCACUUCAUGCUGUCAGUGAAAAUGUUCUAUGGGAAUAGUGCAGAUAUCGGCGUCUUCCUCAGCAAGCGAAUCAAGGUCAUCUCCAAACCUUCCAAAAAGAAACAGUCGCUGAAGAAUGCAGACCUGUGCAUAGCUUCUGGGACAAAAGUGGCUCUUUUUAACCGCUUACGGUCUCAGACUGUCAGUACGCGGUACCUUCAUGUGGAAGGGGGAAACUUCCAUGCAAGUUCGCAACAGUGGGGUGCCUUCUAUAUUCAUCUGUUGGAUGAUGAUGAGUCAGAGGGAGAGGAGUUUACAGUCAGAGACGGUUACAUUCAUUAUGGUCAGACGGUGAAGCUGGUGUGCUCUGUGACGGGCAUGGCUCUACCCCGACUGAUCAUUCGUAAAGUGGACAAGCAGACAGCGCUAAUGGAUGCUGACGAUCCUGUGUCCCAACUACAUAAAUGUGCCUUCUACCUUAAAGAUACAGAGAGGAUGUACCUCUGCCUGUCACAGGAGAGAAUAAUUCAGUUCCAGGCCACACCCUGUCCCAAAGAAACGAACAAAGAAAUGAUCAACGAUGGGGCGUCAUGGACAAUCAUCAGCACAGAUAAAGCAGAGUACACUUUCUAUGAGGGGAUGGGCCCUGUACCCUCACCUGUCACACCAGUGCCUGUUGUCGAGAGUUUACAGCUGAAUGGAGGAGGAGAUGUUGCCAUGCUUGAACUGACAGGACAGAAUUUUACGCCCAACCUCAGAGUUUGGUUUGGAGAUGUGGAGGCAGAUACUAUGUACAGAUGUGGCGAAAGCGUGCUCUGUGUGGUUCCUGACAUCUCUGCGUUCCGCGAGGGAUGGCGUUGGGUUCGGCAGCCAGUGCAGGUUCCUGUGACUUUGGUCCGUAACGACGGCAUCAUCUACUCCACGGCUUUGACUUUUACCUACACGCCAGAGCCAGGACCUCGGCCUCACUGCAGCGCCGCAGGAGCCAUACUGCGGGCCAACAGCAACUCCUCCACAUCACCAUCUUCAUCCUCCUCAGCCUCCAGCCUAUUGCUGCAGUCGGCUGUCGACAGCCAGGCAGGAUACGCCGCAGCAGGAGGAGUAUCUACAUCUUCCUCCUCGGCUAUGUCCGUCUCCUAACUUGGGAAACGUAGUGUGUGUGAGUAAUUGAGAGAUGGUGAUUCGUCAGCUCGUAGACUCUCCUGCAUAGAUUCAUGGGAUACGGAUGACAAAAAUGGAUUAUGGUGCCACAGAGAGAGAAGCAAUAGAGAGACAAGACUUCACUCAAAAACUGAACAAAUGAAGAUAGAUGUCUCUUCUUCUCUCUCUCUGUCUCUCUCUAUCUCUCUUUGUUGUGGUUCUUUUUCAGUCUGUUUCCUCACGUCGGAGGAAGUGGUGAUGUGUGCCGUGGAUCAAGAUGCCACAGGAUCAAUGCAUUAGCCUUACACGAGAGGAAAAAAAGUCAAUCAAAAAAAAAAAAGAAA